UUCUCACUUCUUCUCGUUAUAACGGUUAUACUCUAUGUAAAUAAGUUUCCUCAGAGUCCCCCACUCCAGAGCGGAAAACAGGCGCAUGGCACAAAGGGGUGUGCACGGAAACGACAAUAUAAUGCAGAGCUGUGAGACAAAGGGUCUCUUUUAGCGUAUUUUAGCGAUUUAUUGAGACAACUAAUUAUUAAGUGUUUUGAGUUUUGAGAUCAGAUGAAUUGUGCACCUAGUGUAAUUCGUAUAGUGCUAUUUAUCUUGUGAAACAGACUGGAGCGAUAAAGAUAAACUCUUUCAGGGAUGUUUUUGUGUGUAACUCUCCUGACUGUCCUAUACAACUUUAUGGAAUCUCAAUCAGAGCCACUACAGGUGAUUGGUCCAGAAGCUCCUCUUGUUGCAGCAGCUGGUGAAGAUCUGGUUCUGCCCUGUUUCAUCAAACCCAGCACCAGUGCUGUGGACAUGACAGUGGAGUGGUUGAGACUAGAGGAAGAGGCUUCAUUAGUGCAUCUCUAUAGGGAUCAUGAAGAUAAAAAUGAAGAUCAGGCUCAGUCCUACAGAGGAAGAACAUCACUGUUUAAAGAGGAGCUACAGAAAGGCAACGCUUCACUCAAACUCUCAGCUCUCCAAGUCUCUGAUGAAGGAGAAUAUAAGUGUCUCAUUGAGGACAAAUCCUGGUAUGAUGACAUCACUGUUCAUGUUAUUGUUGAGGUUCUGGGAAGCCACCCAGUGAUCAGGAUGGAGAGUUAUGAUAACUCAGGAGGGAUUAAUCUAGUGUGUGAGUCCAGAGGCUGGAAACCUGAACCUGAGGUUCUGUGGCUGGACAGAGAAGGAGCCACUCUGCCUGCUGAAGAUACACAGAUACACAGAGACACUGAGGGCUUCAGUGUGAAAAGACGCAUCACUGUUUAUGAGUCCAACAGGUUUUACUGCAGACUUCAACAAAAACAUCACAUGAUGGAGACAGAUAUUACCAUUAAUAGUGAAGUCUUUGGUGUUUGUAAGAGGCCUGUCUACAUUGCAGUUUCAGCAUGUCUUGUUGCUGGAUUGCUAGUAACAUGUCUUUUUGGACUGAUACUAACUGCUUUUGGUUACAAGAAAGAACAUCAAAAACACAAGCAAAGUGCAGAGCUUCUAAUGAAGAAGUUGUUUGCAGUGGAUGUGACUCUGGAUCCUGAUACAGCUCAUCCUCAACUCACUGUGUCUGCUGAUGGAAAAGAAGUGACACAUGGAGACACACAACAGGAUCUCCCUGAUACACCACAGAGAUUUAAUUAUCUCUGUGUUCUGGGACAGCAGAGUUUCUUUUCAGGGAGAUUUUAUUUUGAGGUGCAGGUCAGAGGGAAAACUGCAUGGACAUUAGGAGUUGUAAGAGAGAACAUUAACAGGAAGGACAGGAUUCCACGGAGUCCUCAGACUGGAUUCUGGACUGUGGGGCUGAGGAAUGAGAAUGAAUAUAAGGCUUAUGCUGAUACUGAUGUUCCCCUCACACUGAGAGAGAAGGUGGAGAAGGUGGGGGUGUUUGUGGAUUAUGAGGAGGGUCUGGUCUCCUUUUAUGAUGUGAAGUCCAGCUCUCAUAUCUAUUCUUUCACUGCUCAGUCUUUCACUGAGGAACUUUAUCCAUACUUUAGUCCUUGGUAUAGUGAAAAUGGUAAUUCAGCACCACUGAUCAUCUCUGCUAAAUCUAAAGUCGUACUAACAGCCAAAGUUACCGAACAAGCAAGAGCUAUAUCUCAGUUGGAAAACAGAAUCAUAGUUCCAGAAGUGGAAAAUGAAAAUGUCAAGGUGAUGGAGAUAUGCAAGGAAGUGGCACCUGAGCUCACGGCAAAGAUAAGUGAGGCGGUGGAUGUAGCUCAUAAACUGGGCAGGCCCAUGUUGCCAGGCGAGGUUCAUUAUCAUCCUUUUUGUGCUGCGCCUGUGUGUGAGUCCAGAGGCUGGAACCCUGAACCUGAGGUUCUGUGGCUGGACAGAGAAGGAGUCACUUUGCCUGCUGAAGAUACACAGAUACACAGAGACACUGAGGGCUUCAGUGUGAAAAGCUGCAUCACUGUUUAUGACUCCAGCAGAUUUUACUGCAGACUUCAACAAAAACAUCACAUGAUGGAGACACACAUUAUUAUUAAUAAUAACGUCUUUGGUGUUUGGAAGUUGGCUGUCGGCAUUUCAGUUGUAGCAUGUCUUAUUGCUGUUGGAUUGAUAGUAACUGUGUUUUUUGGUUACAAGAAAGUAUCAGAGCUUCAACAGGUGAAGCAACAUGCAGAGCUUUUAAAGAGGAAGUUGUUUGCAGUGGAUGUGACUCUGGAUCCUGAUACAGCUCAUCCUCAACUCACUGUGUCUGCUGAUGGAAAACAAGUGACACGAGCAGAGAGACAGCAGGAUCUCCCUGAUACACCAGAAAGAUUUAUGUAUCUCUGUGUUCUGGGACAGCAGAGUUUCUCCUUAGGGAGAUUUUAUUAUGAGGUGCAGGUCAGAGGGAAAACUGCAUGGACAUUAGGAGUUGUAAGAGAGAACAUUAACAGGAAGGACAGGAUUCCACGGAGUCCUCAGACUGGAUUCUGGACUGUGGCGCUGAGGAAUGAGAAUGAAUAUAAGGCUUAUGCUGAUACUGAUGUCUCCCUCACACUGAGAGAGAAGGUGGAGGUGGUGGGGGUGUUUGUGGAUUAUGAGAAGGGUCUGGUCUCCUUUUAUGAUGUGAAGUCCAGCUCUCAUAUCUACUCUUUCACUGCUCAGUCUUUCACUGAGAAACUCUAUCCAUACUUCAGUCCUCGAUACUUAGUAGAUGGUAGUAAUUCAGCACCACUGAUCAUCUCUGCUGUUACUGAAUAAAUAUCUGUUUACAUUCUGUAACAUUUUAACAUUUUACUUUUUCACAGCUUGAUAUAAUCAGUUAAUUUAUUUUAAUUUUAUAUAAACAUAAACUCUAAACAGUAUGAACUUAGAGUCAAGAAGUGUGUUUAUAUGACAUUUUCUCCACCACUAAGAAUCACCACUUAUUAUAGUUGAGGUUCUGACAUUUUGGCGAGUGUAUAGCUGUCAAAGAUGUGUUUUCAGGUUAGGAUACUGAUUAGUGCUGUUUUUCUCCUGAACAUGAUGUCAGUUCUUAGUAAAUGUUGUUAAUAUUUGGUAAAUGAUCAGUAAGGUUUGUUUUGUAAUUGGUUUUGUGAAAGUAUUUGGAUUAGACCUGCAUUUCUCCACAGACCUGCACUUUUAAUCUCAGCUGAAGAUAUGGAGGAUUCACUAACAUGGCAGUAGUUAGUGACUAAUAUGGCAUUUACAGAUUUGUUCUAUUUCUGGAUGUCUUAUAUGAAGAAGC